AUGGAGUGGAUUCCAGCUCCGUUCUCCCUGUUAGAUGGUAAUCCAUUCCAAUAUUCGGACCACGCCAUUUCUACACUAUCAGCAACGGAAACCUUCAACAGAGGAAUCCAGAUACGGGAUGCGGACUUGUGUGUCAUUUGUGGUUUGGCCGAACCACCGGCUUUGCGCUACUGCCACAUAAUCCCAAAGGUAGAACACGACACUUGGCAGAACCUGAAGGACCGUGGUUUCGUGCCGGCAAUGGCAAAGAGUGUGGAGCACGAGGCCCGAAACGGUAUUCGACUGUGCGCAACCCACCAUAGCUUAUUUGAUGCGUAUUACUUUUAUAUACGCUGGUUCCCGGAGGUAGUUUUCUAG